GUCUGGCCGAAGCACGUGCGCGCGUGGGUAUCAGCUGAUUGCUUGGGUCCUUUUUUUGAUAGUUUGUACAGUCACCAUGUCACUUGAACAAACUGCAUGUGAAGAUUUGAAAGCAUUUGAGCGGCGAUUAACGGAGGUGAUAAACAGGUUACAGCCUGCCACCGUAAGAUGGAGAAUGACAACACUCAACAGAACAUGCAUUUCAGUGGUCUUGACAGUGGCUGCACUGAGCACAGCCUUUGGGGCAUACCUCUGGUUCUCUGACCCAAUCAUACACAGUGCAACAGUUCCUCGGUCGCUCAUCAAUCGUCUCUUCUUUACUGUUGCUGUGUUUUCUCUAGUCUUACUGUUCAUUGUGGGGAUCCACAAGAAGGUGGUUUUCCCUUCAAUCAUUACAUCACGAACCCGCAUUGUUUUAUCUGAUUUUAACAUGUCCUGCGAUGACACUGGGAAACUUAUCUUAAAGCCAAGACCAACCUCGACCUAAGACUGAUAAAACUUAGGAUAUUUUGUAAAUUUAGUACUAUUUUCCUCUUUUUUUGUCUGAGACACGUAUUUUACAGGUAAAAGGAAAGCAAGAACAGUUAGUGUACAAAAACUACUUGACUGUGGGAUGUAAUUCUAAUUUAAAUGUUUCAGUGUUUUACCUAAGAAAAAAAUUAUAGAUUAGAUUAAACUGCAUGGAUUAUCCUAUGUUGUGUCUCUUUGUAACAGUUUGGUCCAUAUAAACCAGGUUAAAGCAUUAUGUAUAAAUUUUAGCAAGAAUUUACAGUGUUAGAUAAAUAGUAAGCAACUCAACUUUUGGAAUGUUUUUGUACAAAAGGGAUGAUGAGAAAGAAUUUCCAGUGUCAUGUACAUAUAUUAGGUCAUUUGUUCCUUUUUUUUCUUUUUAUAUGAGAAGAAACAUUAAUUUAUUGACUGAAUCUUUUAGAUGAACCUUGAUAUAAGAUAGUUUGUUUCUGUUUAUGGAAGUACGAACAUUACAUAACUAGUAAGGUUUAGAAGAAUUCUAAUACUGAUAAAAGACAUUUAGUAUCUAUAAGCCCCUAUAUAUUUUAUAAAUAAACACCUUCUUUUAGGUUCAUGUUAAAGAAGAAACUAAUAAGUAAUAAGAUUUCUGCAUUAUUACUUCAUUACAUUUUCACGAUUUCUUUUGGUAUGAAACUAUUCAGAGCUGAUAAUAAUAAAAAUAGUAAAAAUAAUGAUAAAGAUAAUAAUGAUGUUAAUAAUGAUAAUGAUAAUAAUGAUAAAGCCACAUCCCUUCGUUACCUUUUGUAGCGAGUUAUUUUGUUCAGAGAGGCUAAAGACCUGUGGUCUUGCCUACAUCUUGUAUUCAUUUGUGAGGUAUCUUGAAAUGUAAGGAGAAGGAAGAAUGGCUGGAGAGAGGAAGAAAAAGAAACGAGGUGGAUAAAGUUGUCAAAUUUCAUGGAGGUUUUUCUUCUUUUUAAUUGAACUAAUAAUAAGAAGCGUGAAGAACAAUAGUCAGGGUGAGUGGCUAGAAUCAGAAGAGAAAUAAUUGUUGUUAUGCAUUUUGUGAUUGUCUUUAGUUUCAUUUUUUGAAAGAAAAGUUAUAGUUGACAGUUGUGUUUAUCUUCCAGUGCCAGUUUUACUUCAGAGAAAAAUCAUGUAUUUCAAUAAUGUACAAUACUUGAUCACUCUUUUACAAUGUUUCAUAAUGAUAUGAAAAUACAAGAUGAAUAGUGAGGCUGAUUCAACUUGGUUGAAUAUGAUUCUGACUAAGGUUAAAAAAAAUUGUUUGCAUUACUUAGAAGAAAGCAGUUAAUUAAAAUUGAUGACUUAGGCAGCUACAAGAAAAUUGCCAACGAGUUUGUUUACCAUAUGUAAGAAAAAUGUCCAUACCUGUUAUGUAUCUUAAGAGACCAUAUAAAGAAUGUGGUUGUGAUAAUAAAACAUACAAAAUGA